AUGGCAACACAGCAGCCCUCGCUCAUCGGCCUCCACCUGACACCACACUUUGACAAUGAAGGCGCCUCUGCAUUGUCUGUCCGCUUACACAUAGCCUCUCCGAACAUCACUGCCCAUCAACCCGCAUUUUCUUUCUGGUUAUUCAAUGUCAACGUCCCCGGUCCCGGGCUCAGCGAGGAAGACAUUGAGGCCGAAGAUGAAGAAGGCCCUCUGCAAGUUGAGUUCCAAAACGUCCCGGCUGUUGGAGAUCAACAAUCACAGCAUUGGUGUUUAUCGCGGGACACGGUCGGCGAGCUGGUACUCUCCUACACAGUCCAUCCACGUCUCGUGACCAAGCAUACCCCCUUGGGAGCAAGAGUUGAUCUGCGACGAGACCAAGGGGGACUCAUGGGUAGUCCGGAAUGGUUCUUACCACGCUACUUGUCCGAUUCAGAGCAUACGCUCGCGGUAGAGUGGAGUGUCCCGGCUGAUGCUCCGGCAAACACGAGAUAUGUGUGGAGUUAUGGCGAAGGUCCGGGACCACAUACUCGGAUCGGAUCUGUACAGACGCUGAGCUCGACUGUAUUCAUGGUCGGUCCAAUUCAGUCGUAUCCCGAGGUUCCAAACGAUGCGUACCCUUCGACAAGUUACUGGUUUGGUCCGUUGCUUCCGAAUCUGCAGAGCAUGGUAGAAUACAGUGCAGAACUGUACCCGAAAAUGGCCGCGCAUUUUGACGACUUGGGUCAGACUUACAGAGUGUUCUUCCGCAAGAGCCUGUUCGGUUUUGGCGGAACGGGUUUCUCUGCCAGCUACGUGGUUGAGUACGAGGAAUCGACUAAGAACGAAAGCGAGUGGUCGUUGAUCAGGCUGUCGACACAUGAGAUGGUGCACAGCUUUGCUACCCUGUCCUUGGAAGAGAACGAGGAGUAUGACAACGCAUGGUACUCUGAAGGCAUUGCGGAGUUCUACGCCUCAGUUCUGCCAUACCGCUUUGGUAUGAGGGACAAGGAGUUUGCUCUGAAAAGCACGAAUAUCCAGACACAAUGCUACUACACGAGUCCUCGCAUCCACAUGAGAAUGAUUGAUGCAGCAAAGGAGUUUUUCUACGACUGGUACGCCGAGUGGAUCUCUUACAAGCGCGGAAACGCAUAUCUGAUCUUGAUCGACUGCAUUCUUCGACAAGCAACGGGCCGUUUUGGCAUCGAGACAAACAGUCCAUUGGACGAUAUCGUGAUUGAUAUUUGUCGACGGGCUCGUGGAGGCCAAGUCGUCCGAAGCGAGGACUGGCUAUGCUAUCUCGAUCAGUAUAGCGAUUCCACGAACGGAUUUCCAUUCAGAGAGCAUUUCAAAGCAAUGCUUGAAGGCGAGAUGAUAGAUCUUUCCCGCGCUUUUCUAGGCAGUCCGGAAGAUUCAUUCAGCCGAUGUGAUAUACGAAUCCUAGACUACGGACUCGACAGAAACAGUUUCAGAACGUGGACCGUCACUGGUGUGCAAAAAGAGUCUGCUGCUUAUGCAGCCGGACUGCGUGAUGGAUGGAAAAUUCUUUCGGCGUCCUCCUAUAACGACAGUCUCGAGAAUCCGGAUGUGAAACUUCGAAUGCGUGUGAAAGACGAUGAGGGCCAGGAGAAGACGAUUGAAUACCUGCCACGUCGACCUGAGAAGGCUGUUUGCUAUCAAAUUGAGUACAAACAGGAUUGACGGAGCUCUGAUCGGACUGCUGCGGAACAAGGGGAUGCCGGC